UUUUUGUUUUCACUCUGCAGACUCAAGACAUGCUGAGCAACCUCGAGUCAACGUCUGUGCGCAUCGUCAAGCAUCACCAGCCUCCCUCCUCCUCCUCCGCCGGCCGGACCGCCCCCUUCUUCCAGCCCCCGCAGCCGCUGACCCAGGUCCGGCCCCGGUCGCGGCCAGCAGUACCCAGGGCCCCGGCCCGAGCUGCGGCGCCAGCCAGGGCAGCGCCGCGGACCUGCAGAUGGCCACCAUCCCGGAGGACACCAGCAACGACUCUCACCUGGCCGAGGAGGCGCGGCCGCGCGAUUUCACAACCGCAGGAGUCUCCUCGUCGGCUACGAAAUCCUCCUACGAGGAUCUGACCGAGCAGAACCCAUCAGCGAAGGAGCGGCGGCGCCUCCAGAGGCAGGAGCGCCUCGAAAGUUCAAUGUCAAGAAGAGAGAGAACACAUAUCUCGGAGGAAGCGAAGGUCUUCCUCCAGAAAGACUAUAAAGAAGGGAUGACCAGGGUGGGAUCUCCACUGGUUGGAGCGGCAUCCCAGGCCACUGGCUUGCCACCGUUUGUCAUUGAUAACUGGAUUGGAAACUAUAGAAGAAAAAAGCCAUCUUCUUCUCAACCUAAAAACAAGAAGUUAUACACCAAGGACCUGUCUGGUUACAACCUGUUCUGCAGGGAUCAGUUAAAGAACAAGGACCCCGGGAGGAAAAUUAGGACACCAACUGUGGAAGACAUUUUGAAUGCAAUGUGUGCAAAUGAUGAGCGGAGCGUAACAGAGCCUAUGGGUUUGACGGAAGUGCUGUCAAGAGAACCGACUACAGAUGAUACUACGGAUGUUUGCAACAUCUGUUGAACAGACGUUCAUCACUGAACAUCUGUUCAGUGAUGAGAAAAAAAAUGCCAAGAAGAAGUGGCGUGAGUGGCGACGUUGCAACACAUGUGAGCAGUGGUCACACCUGGCAUGUGGAUUCAAGAAAAACUGAAAAAUUGUCUGCACUGGGACUGCAAAAAAGACACUUCUAAUUUGGUCACAGUUGUGACAUCUGACAUCUGUCAAUGUUAGCAUUUCCUGUAGUUUUUUCUUAAACAAUUGAUAAAUGUACAAUGCAUCAAUAAAAGCUUUUGUAUUGAAAAGA